AGAGGUACGCAAUGGUGAACUACCCGAAGAAGAAGGUGAUGCACUGCGGCGACGCGCGCUGCAAUGCGCACAAGUCGUUCAAGGUGGUGCAGUACAAGGCCGGUAAGGCCCGCCUGUACGCUCGCGGCAAGCGACGUUACGACCGCAAGCAGUCGGGUUACGGUGGUCAGUCCAAGCCUAUCUUCCACAAGAAGGCCAAGACGACCAAGAAGAUCGUGCUGAAGCUGCAGUGCUCUGGCUGCAAGACGAUCCGUCAGAUCGUCCUCAAGCGCACCAAGCACUUCGAGCUGAACGAUAAGAAGAAGACCGGCAACAAGGACCCCACCUGGUAAGCACCCCACGCGCACCACUCUUUUUUGUCGUGCUCCAUGGCUUUAUCUUUUAGUAAUUUUUAUCUUUACUUUUACAAAAGAAAGAAAAAAUGUUAAACUGUACGUGCAAUCGAAAAGCAGACGCCUUUUGGGGUUUCCUCGGCUGGAAAUUGGAGGCGAGGUUGCACAGCGGCGUACUCAACCGGAAAACACUAGCCACGCGGCGGUUGUCCUGCUCCUGUCUUUCUCUUCUCCUCUACACCCAUUGCAUUACGGUGUUAAU